UGAUAAAACGAUAAUACAGAAAUUGUAAAAGCUCUACUAGCGCACGAUCGCCCUAAACAUGACCUCGCUAUUAUAUUUAUUAACUUUAAUUUUUGGUGCCUGCUUUGCUGGUGACAUUGUGAUAAAUAACAAGAAAUUUCCAGAAAAUUUCCUUUUCGGCUGUGCAACGUCUUCUUAUCAAAUUGAAGGUGGUUGGGACGCGGACGGUAAAGGUCCAAACGUUUGGGAUAAUGUCACGCAUGAAAAAACAAGCUUUAUCAUCGAUGGGUCAAACGGUGAUAUAUCAUGUGAUUCUUAUCACAAAUAUAAGGAAGAUAUUUUACUAUUGAAAGAAAUGGGUGCCAAUUUCUAUAGGUUUUCGAUAUCUUGGCCUAGAGUACUUCCAACAGGUUUUAUUGAUAACAUCAACCAACCUGGUGUAGAUUACUACAAAAAUUUAAUAAAAGAACUAAAAAGUAACCAAAUUGAACCAGUAAUCACGAUAUAUCACAACGACCUGCCACAAUCUAUACAAGACUUGGGAGGAAUAAAGAAUCCAGAAUUUAUCAAUUGGUUCACUGCGUAUGCCAGAUUUUGUUUUGAAACUUUCGGUGAUGAUAUUCGCUACUGGUUGACUAUAAAUGAACCAUACGUCGCUUGUACUGUUGGGUUUAUUUCCCUGGUGUACGUUGAUGGUAUCGAUGACUAUAUUUGCAUGAAAAAUAUGUUGAUGGCACAUGCCAACGCUUGGCAUAUUUACCACGAUGACCUGAAAGGAACUGGAAAAGUUGGUAUAGUUUUAAAUUCAAAUUGGUUUGAACCCGAAACCGACAGUGCAGAAGACUUGGAAGCUUCUGAGAGAACAAUGCAAUUUAUAUGGGGAUGGUUAGGACAUCCCUUGUACCACGGCGACUAUCCUGAAAUAAUGAAAAUACGAGUAGCUAAUCGUAGUAAAUUAGAAGGUUUCAACGAGUCUAGAAUUCAGGAGCUGACUAAUGCGGAAAUAGAAUACGUAAAGGGUACAAAUGAUUUUUUCGCUUUUAAUUCUUACACUUCGUCAAUUGUAAGGUCUGGUCCUGAUGCUCCAAUCGGGACACCAAGUCACAAUGACGACUUGGGGGUUUACAUCUACCAACCCGAUGAAUGGAGAAAUUCCUCUUUAUCAUGGCUGAAGGUGACUCCAUGGGGAAUGAGAAAACUACUAAACUGGAUUAAAAAUGAAUAUUCCAAUCCCCCAAUGUUGAUAUCAGAAAAUGGUGUCGCUGACGGUCCCGGUCAAUUAAAUGACACAAUCAGAUAUAAUUAUAUCAGGGAUUAUUUAAGCAACAUUCGAGAUGCAAUGGAAUAUGACGGCGCUAAUGUCAUUGGGUAUUCGUACUGGGCUCUUCUUGAUACUUUCGAAUGGACUGCAGGAUACACGGCUAAAUUUGGACUAAUAAGCGUUAACUUUGACGAUCCAGCUAGGCCAAGAACAAGGAAAAUGUCUUCUUAUUAUUACGAAAAGAUCAUGAAAACUAAAUGCUUGGUAGAUGAAUGUGAAGAUGAAAUAUGAAAAACUAAAUAUUUUAUUUGCAAAUUUGUUAAAAAUAUAAUCAAAAGUCACCAAAUACAAAUGUAAUUUUAAAC